UUGUUUCUUUUUCUCACACUUCGUUCAUUCGUACGCAGCAUAGUGAACGUUUAUAAGACUCUGUCAAUAAAGCGAAAACACUAUAUUUGUUUAAAUCAACAGCAAAAGGAUAAUUUUUUCAAGUCAUUUCUAUUUUAUAUUUACUUAAACAAUUAUGUUCAGAAGACGGUUCAGCAGGUGGUCAAGAUUUUUAGGUAUAGUAGGACUCUGUACCGUUGCUUUUGGAUCACUAUAUGUAAAAAACAAUGAUGAUACAACUAUUCUAAACGGGAGUGACCCCUUCUUGGUAGUAAAAGAAUUCAGUGAAAGCAAAGAUCCACCUCCUCCACCAAGCGAAGAAGAAAAGGCUCUUGAAGAAGAGAUGAAAAUUAGAAAUAUGCGAGUCGAAAAAAUAUGUAGGGAAAUGAAAGAACAAAAUAUCACGCUGCCAAAUGCUAAAGCGUUCGAAAACGAAUACUUAAAACAUUUAAUGGUGAUUGAAAAAACAAAGUCUGUUUGGUGCUAUCUUCCCAAAGUAGCCAGUACAAAUUUUAGGCGAACCAUUCUUGGCAUGAUGGGCGUGAUACCGAAAUCUGAAGUACCAACCAUAGGCGGGUAUGAGGUUUAUAACAUACAUGACAAAGAGUUUAAAUACAUCAGAGACUAUGAUGAGGAGAAGCAAAAAGAGAUAAUGUCAACAUACAAAAAGUUCUUUGCUACAAGAGAUCCGAUUGAACGUUUAUUGUCAGGAUAUAUGAGUAAAUUUCUUCAUCCGAAUCCAGUAAACAGGCAUGAAUUUAAUAAAAGAGUUUCACUUUUCUAUGGCAGCCACCCUGAGUUAGAUCAGCUUCAUAAAAUGAAAAUUGAUUACGAAGGAAGAUCAGUAUUUUUUGAAGAAUUUUUGGUUUGGUGGUCAGAUCUGUACGAUGAAAAUCUAUAUGUAAAUGAACAUUUCGUUCCAACACACGUGCUCUGUAAUCCAUGCGAGGUUAACUAUGACUAUAUCGGUAAGUAUGAACACAUCAAUAGGGAUAUGGACUAUAUUUUCAAAAAACUUGAUAUAGAUGCUGAAUUCCCGGGUCGCAAUGAUAAUUACUCCGCUAGAAGAACUCAUACUAUGGUUGAAGAAGUCUACAAACCGCUGCCAGGGUGGAUAAUGCAGAAAAUUUGGAACGUAAUGAAAUAUGAUUGGAUAAUGUUUGGAUACCCUAUUCCGGACUGGUUAAAGCAAAAUGUACAUUCAGGCGAUUUACCAGAAGAAAAUUAGAUGUUUUGUUUUAAUUGAUUAGACAUUUGUUAGAAUACGGUUCACUUUGAAUGAAAAUUUGUUCACAAAACUUCCUUUUUAUAAAGCACGUAGGAUGUUAUCGAAAUGCUCGAGCCAAUUAUUUACAACGAGACUUAUUACAUAUGAUAUAAAAUUAGUAUUUAGUUAAUACUUUUGUUUUUACCUAAAUUGUGAUGAAAAAUUCAAGCUUAUUUUAACCACUCUCGAGUCCACUUCCUCAAAGAAACAAGUACUUGUGUCAGAUGAGAAAGUGCGCUCGUGAUUUAACGUAGAUACCAUAGUUAUUCUGAACCAUAUUGUUAGUGUGCUUUUCAUAAUCAUUAAGUAGUCUGACGUUUAUUUCGGAGCUUUACUUCUUUAUUUAAAUACUAGCAACUAUAUAUUUAAAGUUAAUAACUUCAAAAUAUGUAAGUGCUGAAAAAGAGGAACAACAUACUAUGUAGGUUCAAUGCUUUUUUAAUUGUCCACCACCUGAUAUUGUUCAAAAACAUGUUAAACGUGUGCGUCCGUUCAAGCAUACGAAUGGUAUUAUCAUUGUAUUGUAAUUGGUAAAAAUAUCAUUGAAUUUACCAUUAGACAGAACUAAAUCAGACACCCAUUUGAUGUGUAUUAAUAAUGUGUCAUACUGACAAUGCCACGGUUAGUUUUUGCUUUGCUGCGCUACGUUGAAUUCUUUUCAACAUAACAACUACGUUACCUACUACGUUACCUAAAAUAACAACUUUCAUACAAAGAAAGUAAUCUGUAUGUGAGCUGGAAGUUUCAUGUAACGAAAAACAUUUUAUUUUAUUUUGCGGCAAAUUGAAAGUGAUAAAGAUUAUACAUAUUUUAAAUACACAUGUCAUUGUAAUUAUGUCAAAUCUAAUAAUACCCUAUCUAUUAUCGAACUAAAAAGGAAGAACUUAGUUACAACGUACAUGUACAAGUUAUUAUAUAGUUUAGUAUUGAUAACCGUAUAGUUACCUUAGAAAAUGUUUCAUUUAGAUUUGCUUGUGGUUUUAGCCUAUAAAACUUGUAAGUAUUUUUGUUUUGUUUUCUGUUUUAAUUGAGAUAUGAUUUAAUAAGCCACGUCUAUCAAGGCUAAUGCUACAUUAAUAUAUAUUUAUCACGACAUGUUGAGUAUUUCCUAAUGAAGCAGUGAAAUAUAUUUAUUUAAAACAAGGGUUCUUGCUGAAUGUUUGUAAGUGCGAGGAUCGGUCAUUAAGUUAAAGAUAUCCAUAACUGGAACAUUUUGACAUUAUUUUUGUCCACUUUCAUUAUACAUGUAGUUUUAUCCACACAAUAAAACGGAAAACAUUUCAAUUCUUUUUCAAGUAACAUCUAUUUUAAUCGGAUGUCGCUUAUACGCAGUAAACCUAUUUAAAUUAAAGUUUUCGAAACCAGAGUAUAACAUAAUCUAGUCAUUUAAUAUUGCUCUCCUACUUUAACUGGAAUAGCUAAAGAUUAAUGCAAGUUUAAAUGUUCCUUAUUUAAGAAACAGUGACUUUAACGAGCAAGCUGUAAACUGAAAUAAAUAGACCUGACCCUGGAAGCUCCUUGAUGAAACUUGCAAAAUGUAUAAUGUCUAUAACAUGGAAAUAUUAUCUUCCAAAUCUUUUAAGGUUUGGUUUGAUAAAAUUACAUUCAGUUUUGUGUGUACGUUUCCGUAUUGAAACUCAUAUGUUUGUGUUUAUAUGUUGGCAUGUUUGCCUGUAUGUCUGUCUGCACAAUGUAAAUAUGAAUGCAUGUGUCUAACCGCCAUAUCAAUUUUAUUUUAAAAUACCAUAUUGUUAGCUAUUUACACUCAAAUGCAAGAUAGUUGAUAGUGGUGGUCAUUAGAAUACAUUUGUCUCUCUAGAUUGUUUAAUGGAACAAGUAAUGAAAAACUUAUAUUUAAGUUUGUUGAGCCAACGUUUGUGCAUGUAUUUUCUCAGUUUGUCAUCAUCAUCGGCAUCAUCAUCAUUAUUGUUAUUAUUAUUUAUUUAUUAUUAUUGUUAUUAUUAUUAUUUCUUUUUAUUUCUAUACAGUAAACGGGUGUAGAAGAUUUUAGUCAAGAGUCAAAUGAAAUUAGUAUAGCAGGUUAGAUAAGAGACAGUAAUUAAUUAUUAGAGUAUAAUAUAUUACUUUUAAAUUACCUUUGCAUUUGAGAGGCAUCACGUCAAAGAAGACAACAUCUGUAUUUUUUUCACCAAUAUAUUGGGAAUGUUAACAUUCCAAAUGGUAACUCCAAAUUAUCAGAAGGAACAAAACGAAAAUAAUUUAAUUGUACAAAUGUGUUAAAACAGAAUAUUUAAUUAAAAAAGGGCACAACAUAUUAUAAUAAAAUGACUCAACAUUACUGUCUUUUUUACCUGUACUACCAAUAACAAAAUGUUUAUGUUUUUUGUUGUAUUAAAAUGUUGAAUCUUACUUCAGCUUAUAUUUUUGUUAAAUUUAUGGUCAUACCCGAAAUAAUUCUGUGUAUUUUUUGUCGAGGUUCAUCAUUUUUGGUUCAUAUUUAGCCACAUUUUUAUAAGUCUGGUUUAUCAGUGAGGAAAUUUUGUAAAUUAAUUAUUUAUUAAGAUAUUGAUCAAAUUGAUACAUUUUUAAUAUAGCGGGUUUAAAAUGUAAAUCUUAUAUGUUAAUAUGACGUCAUAAAUUUUCAUACAUUUUCUAAAGAUAUUGUGGAUGAAAAUAGUUUAUUUUCCAUGUUUGUGAAUUUUGAAAGGAAAAGGUACAGGAUCGUUUUCAAAAUAGCCACAUGUGUGCUAUUAAUAAUGUACAUAGAAACAAAUGAUCAGAGCAUCCGUUUUGUUCCUGGGUAAAGGUUUACUGCAAAGAGUAUUAUUAUAUGCUGUACAAGUCGGGGGACGAAGCAUAUCUGAAAAGCUACUUUGUGAGGUUAAAAUGAAAUUUUCAUAUGGAUACGAGUUCAAAAUAUAACCCGUAUUGCACAGAAAAGUAUUAAAUCUUUUUAAUCUAAGCAUGGUUUCCUCCAUUAGACAGCAAAAAAAAACCCAAAAACAACAACAACAUAAUGCUGUAUCGAUGGAAUGUAAUAUUGAAAGUAUUUACCAUGGGGAAGCUUAAUGUUUAGCCUGCUGGCGGCAAGUGAUUCUGCCCUCGCGGGCCAUGCAGAACAUGAUCAGCAUGCAUGCUCGUGCAGGCUGACCAUGGUCAGCACAGUUCGCUAGUCAGUAAGAAAAUUGUAAGUGAACACUCCUUGAGUCAGUAAGAAAAUUUGAAGUAAACAUUCCUUUGAAUAAUAAAUAGUAGGUCCAAGAUUGAAUGAUGGACCAGUUCAUUUUAGAAAUUUAGCAGGGUAAAAGUUAAAAAGACUGAUAAUAGGAUUGACUGACUUGAUGAGAAAAAAGUGUAUAAACUACUUUUGCUUAAUAUCAUUUUAAAGUUUAAAAAAGACUGACUUACACAUGAUCUUAAUCAGAUUAAACAAAGAUAUAUGGCUAGAAAAUAACCUAUAGAACAUAAUCAAUAUUUCGGAACGCCCCACGUAUUGAACAAAACGCGGAAGUUCUGAUUGUUUCUAAAAAGUUAUUUACUUCAAACGUAGAAAAUCCUCAUCAAAUGUAUUUGACUUUACUAAAUAUAUAAUACUGAUUAUGUGUAGGGCUACAUCUGUAAUAGAAUGUCAUGCAGUAAAAAAUCGAUUGUUGGAAAAACCUUCCAGGUUUUAGCGGCUGUACGCGUUUAUACUGUGUUAAGUUUAAGUGCACUCCUUUAAACCAAAUUUUAUACUUGCGUAACAUAUAUGCAGCACAUGUUCAUGUUUUUGGAUCUUAUAAACCUUUAAAGAUUUAGAAUGUUUAUCGCCAUCUGCUAUCAGUCAAUGUUUUAAUCGCUCUAAAUGACGUCUGGAUUUCGAUUUGAGUCUGUAUAUUGUUGUACUUUUACUUUUCCCCAUGUUAUUAAAGUACAAUUUGUAAUGUAUAUUUGCUGCUUGAGCAUCAUAUGUAUUAUAAAAGUGAAAAAAUAAAUUCGUUUUAGUUAUAAA